AUGAAUACGUUGAAUGAGGAUGAAGUAGAGAUUCAACCUUUAUGUGUUAAUGAAGUAGAUGAUAAGGAUGAAGAAUUGUUUAAAACAGCCAAAAACGUUACCAGAGUUGGCCAACUUGGUAACGAUAGAUUCAAAGAUUGGCAUAAUUUGCAUCGAUCUAUUAAAAGUCAUGAAGGAAAUGAAGAGCAUUUAUAUUGCAUGACUAGCUGGAUUGAAUUGAAAAAUAGGCUUCGAACAAAAACUACAAUUGAUAAAAGUGUUGAAUUGUUGAUCGAUACGGAAAGAAAACAUUGGAGGCAUGUAUUAACAAGGAUAAUCGCUAUUGUAAAAAGACUCGCCAAAAACACCUUGCCAUUUCGAGGAGAUGAUAAGAGGCUAAAUGUUGAGAACAAUGGUUUGUUUUUACAAAUGGUGGAAAUGGUUAGUGAAUUUGAUCCAAUAAUGAAAGAGGACCUUCGGCGGGCUAAUGCAAAAGAGAUUCAAUACACAAAUCUUGGCAAAAAAAUUCAAAAUGAGUUGAUACAGUUGUUAGCUAAUGAGGUGAGAAAUGCAAUUGUCAAGAAAGUUAAACAUGCAAAAUAUUUCGCAGUUAUACUUGAUUGUACUCCAGAUGCAAGUCAUGAGGAGCAAAUGUCGUUAAUAGUACGAUUUGUAGAUGAUUUGGCAAACUUACCUAGAGUUGAAGAACAUUGGCUUGAAUUUUUGAAGGUAGAUGACACAACAGGACUUGGACUGACAGAGCUUCAAAAGGCUUUAAUCAAACUCGAUCUGGAUAUUGAUGACAUUAGAGGGCAAGGGUAUGAUAACAGAUCUAACAUGAGCGGGAAGUACAAAGGUGUGCAAAGAAGAGUACUUGAAAUGAAUCCUCGAGCUUUCUAUACUCCAUGUGGCGCUCAUAGUCUAAAUCUAACGUUAUGUGAUAUGGUGAAUUGUUGUUCCAAAGCUGUAUCCUUCUUUGGAGUGAUACAUCACAUCUACACUUUGUUUUCAUCUUCUACCAAGCGAUGA